UCAAAGGAAGUCUGGAGACAACGGCUUUUUCUCUAUAAGUGUCCUGCUUGGUUUGCUAAGUGAGGGGUGGUUGUUGCGACUGAUAGGCGGGAGUUGGAGAAGACGAAAGGACGUGGUACUGAGCUUUGCGGAACCAUGGGCCGGGAGUCUAGACAUUACAGAAAACGGUCAUCAUCACGUGGCCGCUCUGGGAGCAGGUCCAAAAGUCGCUCCCCGCCUGACAAGAGGACUAAAAGAGAUGAGCGCCGAUCAAGGAGUCGAGACAGAGAUAGAAGGAGAGAGAGGUCACGUAGCAGAGACCGCAGAAGAUCACGCUCCAGGGACAGGAAACGUCCAAUCCGUCGGCCAAGCAGAGAGAGAGAGCGAAGCCGGGAGAGGAGAAGAUCCCGCAGUAGGGAGCGAAGAAGAUCAAGAAGCAAAAGCCGCAGUAGACGUUCUCGUUCUUCCAGUCCUAGCAAAAUUAAAAAGGGAGAAAAAAGGUCAAAAUCAAAAGAGAAAACUGACAUUUCAGAGGCAUUCAAGGAAAAGAAAAAAGAGGAUAAAGAAGAAGAUAAAGACAAGGAAAAGGAUGUCAGUAACUUUGACCAGAAUAAGCUUGAAGAGGAAAUGAGGAAACGUAAAGAGAGGGUAGAAAAAUGGCGUGAAGAGCAGCGUAAAAGAGUUGUGGAAAGUAUUGGAGAAUUGAGAAAAGAAGCAGAAGAAAUGCGACAAGGAAAGAAAUGGAGUUUAGAAGAUGAUGACGAUGAUGAAGAUGAACAAACUGAAGGAGAAAAGGAAAGCCAUGAAGAAGAGGAUGAGGAGAUGGAUCCUCUAGAUGCCUACAUGGAAGAGGUCAAAGAAGAAGUUAAAAAGUUUAACAUGGGCAGCAUGAAAGGAGGAAGUGAAAAGAAAACUGGACCUACAGUGACAAAAGUAGUUACUGUGGUGACAACUAAAAAGGUUGCUGCAGAGACUACAAAGAAGAAAGGGGAACUUAUGGAGAAUGAUCAAGAUGCUAUGGAGUAUUCUUCAGAAGAAGAGGAAGUUGAUCUUCAGACUGCAUUGACUGGAUUCCAAACUAAGCAACGUAAACUCCUUGAGCCGGUUGAUCAUGGGAAGAUUGAAUAUGAGACCUACAGAAAAAAUUUUUAUGUGGAAGUUCCAGAGUUGGCUAAGAUGACUCCAGAAGAAACCUGGGUGCAGUGUGGCAUAUCAAUGAAGAUUCUAAAUUCCCUUAAAAAACAUGGAUAUGAAAAACCAACACCGAUCCAGGCACAGGCUAUUCCUGCAAUCAUGUCUGGCCGUGAUUUGAUUGGCAUUGCCAAAACUGGAAGUGGAAAAACGAUUGCCUUCCUUUUACCUAUGUUUCGCCAUAUAAUGGACCAGAGACCUUUAGAAGAAGCGGAAGGACCACUUUCUGUCAUUAUGACCCCUACAAGAGAGCUGGCAUUGCAAAUAACAAAAGAGUGCAAGAAGUUCUCCAAGACACUUGGCCUUAGGGUAGUCUGUGUAUAUGGAGGAACAGGCAUCAGUGAACAGAUAGCUGAACUGAAGCGAGGUGCAGAAAUAAUAGUCUGUACACCAGGUCGCAUGAUUGACAUGCUGGCUGCAAACAAUGGUCGAGUAACAAACCUUCGACGAGCUACAUAUGUUGUACUGGAUGAGGCGGACAGAAUGUUUGACAUGGGGUUUGAGCCACAGGUCAUGAGAAUCAUAGAUAACAUCAGACCAGAUAGACAGACUGUAAUGUUUUCCGCCACAUUCCCAAGAGCCAUGGAAGCUUUAGCCAGAAGAAUACUGAGUAAGCCUAUUGAGGUUCAAGUUGGAGGAAGAAGUGUUGUGUGUUCUGAUGUGGAACAGCAUGUGGUUGUGAUUGAAGAGGAUAAGAAAUUUCUUAAGCUACUUGAGCUUUUGGGGCAUUAUCAAGAAACUGGCUCUGUCAUUGUAUUUGUUGACAAGCAAGAGCAUGCCGAUGGUUUAUUGAAAGACCUGAUGAGAGCGUCAUAUCCGUGCCUGUCACUUCAUGGAGGCAUUGAUCAGUAUGACAGGGAUAGCAUUAUCAGUGACUUUAAAAAUGGUGUGUGCAAGCUCCUAGUGGCCACCUCUGUGGCAGCUCGAGGAUUGGAUGUUAAGCAUUUGAUCUUGGUGAUAAAUUAUUCUUGUCCAAAUCACUAUGAAGAUUAUGUGCACAGAGCUGGACGUACAGGCAGAGCUGGAAAUAAGGGAUAUGCCUUUACAUUCAUCACAGAGGAUCAAGCUCGCUAUGCAGGGGAUAUAAUCAAAGCCUUGGAGCUUUCAGGGACUGCAGUUCCUUCUGAGUUGGAGAAAUUGUGGUCAGAGUUCAAGGAGCAGCAGAAAGCUGAAGGUAAAGUUAUUAAGAAGACAAGUGGGUUUUCUGGUAAAGGAUUUAAGUUUGAUGAAACAGAACAAGCUUUGGCAAAUGAAAGGAAAAAGCUUCAGAAGGCAGCACUUGGCCUUCAGGAUUCAGAUGAUGAGGACACUGCUCUUGAUAUUGAUGAGCAAAUUGAAAGCAUGUUUAACUCGAAGAAGAGAGUGAAAGACAUGACAGGACCUGGGGUACCUGGUGCAACAGCAGGUGGUGUUGGAGCUGCAGGAGGUACAGGAGGAGCAGCUGCAGUGUCUAGUACCCUAGCGCCCACAGCAGGAAAUGCGGAGAAGUUAGAAAUUGCUAAACGUUUGGCCAAAAAGCUCAGUGUAAACAAAAACUUAGGUGCAGAAGCACAGGAUGUCAUGCAACAAGCAACAAAUGCUAUCCUCCGGGGAGGCACAAUAUUGGCUCCAACAGUGUCUGCAAAAACCAUUGCUGAACAAUUGGCAGAAAAGAUCAACGCCAAACUCAACUAUGUCCCAGUUGAGAAACUGGAAGAGGAUAAGCAAGAGGCAGGUCCCAAUGAGUCCUUUAAAAGAUAUGAGGAGGAGCUGGAAAUCAAUGACUUCCCUCAGACUGCAAGAUGGAAAGUAACUUCAAAAGAAGCGCUCCAACGAAUCAGUGAAUAUUCUGAAGCAGCCAUUACUAUAAGGGGCACCUACUUCCCACCUGGCAAAGACCCCAAGGAAGGGGAAAGAAAAAUUUAUUUGGCAAUUGAAAGUGCCAAUGAAUUGGCUGUACAGAAAGCAAAGGCAGAAAUUACCCGACUUAUCAAGGAAGAACUUAUCAGACUGCAAAACUCCUACCAACCGACCAACAAAGGACGAUACAAAGUGCUCUAAAGCUGGACAUCUGGAUAACCUGUCAUCUCUUCUGGAUUUUGUACCCUGCUCUUUACUUCUAGUGUUGUAAAUUGUGCUAUUUCUAAUUUUUUAUUUACUUCCUAUUUUAAUCAUGGGGUAAAAACUUUAAAGAUGAAAUGUGAAACUUUAAUGAGUCACCCAAAAAAUAAAAACUUUUAAUAUAUCAUAGAGACAUAUCAAAAGUCUUUAUCAAUCAGCGUCCAAGUGCUUAGAACACUGCCUAUGGUGAGAAUGAACCAGGAAAAGUAAGCGCUUAGUGUGUUCUCUCCUGGCUCUCUCACAUGGCUGAAAUGGAUGCAUAAGAUUGUGGGACCAUCUCUGUUACACAGACAGAGCUGGGAAAGAAGCACAUAGCCAAUCCACCAAUCGUUUGGAGUCUGAGCAGUCAGACCCUGACUGAUAAAAAAAAAAAUGUUUUUCUUUUUUUUGUGUGACAUGUACACUUAGUUUUCUUUUGUGGGUUUUCUUGUUUAAAAAAAACAACAUAUAUAGUUGUAUAGGUUGAAACAUCUUAAAUUAAAUUGUGUUUUAAAGCUCACUUUGAAAGAAGAGUAAUAAAUAGUUUUUCUCAAU